AAACAUGGACCAAACUGAGAAGCCGCCGAUCCCAAGUGAUACCCACUAGUCGCUGGGCGCUCGCACUUUGAAUGUCCAAGUGUCCACUUUACUAUUUCUUCAGUGCUGUUUUCAUGCGUGCCUUGUGUUCCCAUUCGCUGUACCUCUCCCCCUCUCCCCUCUCGCUCUCUUCACUAUCUAUGGAGUUAAACCUUGAUGGUACACUUACAGAAGUUCCUCUUUGUUCGUUUUAAUCUUAUUCGUUUCACCUCUUCAAAGAACAGAGGACAGCAGCGUGCGUUUCUGCGGAUCGGUGUGAUGAGAGAUGGAGGAAGCUCCGCGGUUGAGCUGAAAACCUCUAUUUGUAGCGAGAGGUUUUCGUGGACGGUCGGCUGUCGGUGUUUUGCUUCCCCUUCUUGUACACACUCUUGGACGUUUCAUGCUUGGAGCUCUUGGACUUCAUGUUUAAGAAAGUUUCGAUAAUGUUUGUCAGAGGAUAUACGAACAGGUUUAUAUUUGUCUCGUCUACUUUGUUCUCGUUUAGAAGUCAUUUCAGUUAUGCCAAUUGACAGUAGACAACGAUGCUUAUUGUCAAAAACAAAUUCGUUCUAAAUUCAGGCAUUUAAACCGGCGUAACGUUAAACAAGUUACACUUGCUCAUGAACCAAGUAAGAUAAAAUAUAAUAUAAUAAAAAUAAACAUUCAUCCCAAAAUCGUCUCUGAGCUACAUUUGAUAUGCUAAACAUGUCUGGUAACAAUAAAUUAUUAGUUUGAAUGUCGCUGUAAUUGUCUACUGUACGCUAGAUGGCAGCCCGAUCCAGAUAUUAUAAGCCUGUAAAGCGGAGCCUUCGGCAUUCAUGUACAAAAAGCCGGGCUGCUCACGCAUUAUGGGCUACCGAAAACUUCCCUCGUUAAUAAAUCAUAUAAAACACUCUGAAACAUGACUUUUGUAUACUUUACAAUAUAAUAGUAGGAUUCGUCUCUCAUGUCCAUGCUAUCUGCUUGAUUUGUGUUCAGUGUCAAUGAUUUGGCAUUCCGUUAUUCUUAUUAUUUCAACAAUCAAUCUAGUGGUAGGCUAGUCGUGCGUCUCAAUACUUUUGAUUCAUCGUUUACACUGUUUUCUAAGAAGUAGGUGCAUUGUUGACAAUCAAAAAUAUGGUUUAUGCAUUGGUCUAAGCGAUUUCGAGCUCAUAUUUUUCUAUUUAAAUUACGUAAAGCAUUAAUGGAGACGUCAUAGUAAAAAUCUGGAGGGGGUAUUGGGUAUUUUUGUGCCACUAUAGCGUUGAACAAAGCACUGUAAACUUUGAGGGGCUCGCGCCAGUCCUUUCACGUCGCGCGCUUAGUUUAUAUUUCACGUGCGCGAAUAGUUCAGUCAUUGCUUUCAUCCCGUUUUUCGCCGCUUCUUUCUGGGGUUUCUUCCUCUUUUGUGACAAAAGAGAGUCCGUUCUAAUCGGGUUUCAAAGUAAAUAGCAUCGCAGGGCGAGCGCAAUGUAAAUUGUGCUUGUCAGAGCCCUCAGUCGUAGGUAGCGCGGAGCGAGGACUCUAACCAAUGGAGUGAAGGAGGCUUGGCUAACCUUAGCCUCCCAUUUUCUCUCUCCCCCCGCGAUGCAGGGUUCUGACCAGUCAGUCGCCUUUGAUUAUCAGUUGCCAGCAGCCCCUCUCUUGGCUCCUUGACACGAGCACCAUAUAAGGCGCAGCGAUCUCCAUAGAAACGUGUCAGUUUCAAUAGUAGUGUCAAAGUUCACUAUAUACAGACAUUCGCGCAGAUCUCCGUUUCGGAAACAUUGCUCCGCUGGUACUCCGUUAAAGCGCAUUCUUUUCUUCUUUUCUUUUUUGAGUCUCUGCUUCUUACAUAUUCCAUUAGUUUUUUUUUCUUUUCUUCUUCUUCUUCUUCUUCUUCUUCUUUUAUCCUCGCUCUGUUCCUACUGGAGAGGUGAAACUACAUGGGCACUUCGACGACGUUGUUGGGGUGGGGGGGGUUUCUGCUGGACCAGAUGAGCUUUAUUCAUGAACAUAGAUAGAGAAAUCCGUUCUUCAGUGUUUCCUCCACUGCAACCGCGAAGACGGAGAGAGGAGCAGGGAAGAAAAAAGAAGGGAAUUUAUUUUGCACAGCACUUUGGAUCUCCGCUGCUCCAGAAAGCUAUUAUUUUUUAUCCAAUAUCGAUGUGAAUUUUUUUUUAUUUUUUUUAUUGCGGCAUUUUUUAAGAAAACUGGUUUCUUUUCAUAACGUCUGGGAUCGCUUUCUCGAUACGCGAUUGGGUUCCCGAAUGGCUGACUGCAAUUUACCUUGGAACUGGCCUCCAGACAAUUGCAUAUCCUGAUCGGGUGCCUUUCUAUCGACUCCUGCAUUUUGAAUGUAUUGAUCAUUUUCUGCUCCUACUUUUUUGUUUUCUAUUAGAUUGAGUGCUCCGAUUUGACUUCGCGCUGCCGUUCGUCCAAGGCUUCCCUUUUCCCUGCUCCGAUAUCCGAGCGACCAGUUCGCUUGAAAGCACUUUUCGGGCCCGAGAUAUGGCAAUGGUAGUUAGCGUAUGGCGAGAUCCGCAGGAAGACGUGGCCGGAGGACCUCCGAGCGGCCCCAAUCCAGCAUCUCAGCCGGCGAGGGAGCAACAGCAGGCGGCGUCAGCAGCACCACACACUCCGCAGACCCCCAGUCAGCCAGGACCCCCGUCCACACCGGGCACGGCUGGCGACAAGGGCAGUCAAAAUUCUGGACAGAGCCAGCAGCAUAUAGAAUGUGUUGUUUGCGGGGACAAAUCGAGCGGCAAGCACUAUGGUCAAUUCACCUGCGAGGGAUGCAAAAGUUUCUUCAAGAGGAGUGUCCGAAGGAACUUAACAUAUACAUGUCGUGCCAACAGGAACUGUCCUAUUGACCAGCAUCAUCGUAAUCAGUGCCAAUAUUGUCGGCUAAAGAAGUGCUUAAAAGUGGGCAUGCGGCGGGAAGCGGUUCAGCGAGGAAGAAUGCCUCCAACCCAGCCGAACCCGGGCCAGUAUGCGCUAACGAACGGGGAUCCUCUGAACGGGCAUUGUUAUCUCUCCGGAUACAUCUCGUUACUUCUUCGGGCUGAGCCUUAUCCUACGUCUCGCUAUGGCAGCCAGUGCAUGCAGCCCAAUAAUAUUAUGGGGAUCGAGAACAUCUGUGAGCUUGCAGCUCGCCUGCUUUUCAGUGCUGUGGAAUGGGCGAGAAACAUCCCUUUCUUUCCCGACCUGCAGAUCACCGACCAGGUGUCCCUGCUCAGACUGACAUGGAGCGAGUUGUUUGUGCUAAACGCGGCGCAGUGCUCCAUGCCCCUGCAUGUGGCCCCGCUGCUCGCCGCUGCCGGCCUGCACGCUUCGCCGAUGUCGGCGGACCGCGUCGUGGCCUUCAUGGAUCACAUUCGUAUCUUCCAGGAGCAGGUCGAGAAGCUCAAAGCUCUGCACGUCGAUUCUGCAGAAUACAGCUGCAUCAAGGCAAUAGUGCUUUUCACAUCAGACGCUUGCGGCCUGUCGGAUGCUGCGCACAUCGAGAGCCUGCAGGAGAAGUCUCAGUGCGCCCUGGAGGAGUACGUGAGGAGCCAGUAUCCGAACCAGCCCAGUCGCUUUGGCAAGCUUUUGCUGCGGCUGCCAUCUCUCCGCACUGUCUCUUCGUCAGUAAUUGAACAGCUGUUCUUCGUUCGCUUGGUAGGUAAAACUCCCAUUGAAACCCUCAUCAGGGAUAUGUUAUUAUCCGGGAGCAGCUUCAACUGGCCCUACAUGUCCAUUCAAUGAUCCGAAUGAGCGAAUGAAACAAAAAAGACUAAAGGACCAAAAUUCUGCAACCCCUUUCAAGAAGACUAUAUAUAGGACCUCAUUUCUGACCACUUAGGAAGACUCUGUUUUUUGUCUUCUGGAACCGAAAAGGAACAUGUAAUGUACAAAGAUUAAAGGACUGGACUUGCUCCCGUGUAAAUCCAUCGUCGUCAUCAAGAAUACUCUCCAUUUUGUAAAAUACUAGUCUUUAUUUUCUUUUUUCUUCUUCUUUGUUUCUUUCUUUCUUUCUUUCUUUUUUUUAUUAUUUUUUUUUUUUUUUUUUUUUUUGCUUUUUGUUUUUUGUUUUUUUUUGUUUGUUGUUGUAAAGAACAAAAUACGUACAAAUAAAAUGAAGAACAUCAUAUGCGCAGUAAAUGAGCAAGACUUAUGAGGGAAAGUAAUGUUUCCAAGCAAUUAUAAGAAAUGUCCUGUGUCUAUGUAUCUGUUUUGUAUUUUUUCUGGUUCUAAACCAGUUUUUUCUGUGAUUCUAUACUAAUGAUUUUUGAUAUAACCUUUUGCUUCUUAUAAUGAGUGCGAUAUUUGUUGUUGAAGCUAUGUUCUCCAAGAAUUAAAAUUGAAGUGAGAAUUUAAAAAAUAAAGAAAACGUUAGACAAACAAGACACAGUCUAAUCGCAAUGACAAUAUCACUGAUGGUUGAACUUUGAUGCUAUGGACAUGCAACUUCGACUGACCUCAUGGACAUUUUAAGGAGAGGACACCGGUGAAACUUUCUUUCCUUGGUUGUGUGUGUGUGUGUGUGUGUGUGCCCGCGCGAGUGAGUGAGUGUGUUGAGUCAAUCAUCAGUCAGAGAAAAAAGACAUGAAAAUCAAAAGCACUUUUAAUAUAUCAUUUUCAAAUACAUUUUGUUUGUUUCGUCUUGAUAUUUUCGAUUUUUUUGGAUGUUGCCUUUCAUUUUUGCUCAAUCCAUGAUAUGCCUGUGCUGAAGGGUCGCGUGAUGAAGUUGUGUGAUGGUGACUAUACUAUUAAAAAGGAAAUAGGCAA